AUUUUAAUGUAUCUAGUCGAAGCGGGGCUAAUUUCAAAUGACCUGCACAACCUCACGGGUGUUUCACUUAUUCCCCCCGAAAGUCAUGUUUUAAAAUUAGUCUAACAUUCAGCAUACACAAUACUGAGCACAAACCCGAACUUUAACGUGACACAGUCAUGAAGAACAGAUAAUUCACAUUCAAUAAGAACAUAGUUAAUAAAAUAACAACGUAAUAAAUACAUCAAGUCAAAAUGUCCUUUACAACAAUAUCAUAUUCAUUUACAACAUCACAGACUGAAAGACAUUGUUGAAUGUUUCCGGCCUCGAUUAAAAUGUCUUGGAUUUGACGCGUUAGUUGGCUCGGUGAUGUCGCGAUAACUUCCCGGUCUGAAUGCAGAAAUUAAUAAUACAUUUCAGAGCAUCACAGCCGCACAAGGAUAAAACAGCCUAAUCGUAAUAAUUUAUUCUGAGUGUCGCGCACUGUGGUGCGCAUGCGUUUGAGGGUGCCAUGAAGGUAAAGGUGAUCUCCAUCCUGGAGGACAACUACAUGUACCUGGUGAUUGAGGAGCAGAGUAAGCAGGCCGUAGCUGUGGACCCUGCUGUACCACACCGGCUGCUAGAAAUAGUGAAGAGAGAGGGCUUGUCUCUGAUGGCUGUUCUCACCACACACCAUCACUGGGACCAUGCUCGGGGGAAUGAGGCUCUGCUGAAGGAGGUUCCUGGGCUGAGGGUGUACGGGGGAGAUGAUCGGAUCGGGGGUCUGACGGAUAAAGUCACCAACGCCCAGGAGCUCAAGUUUACCUCCAUCAAUGUGAGGUGCCUAUUUACUCCCUGCCAUACCUCUGGUCACAUGUGCUACUUUGUUUGGGAGGAUGAGUGCACUGACGCCCCUGCUGUGUUCACAGGGGAUACGUUGUUUAUUGGUGGAUGCGGGCGGUUUCUUGAGGGUACGGCAGAACAGAUGUACCACAAUCUCACCCAGGUGCUGGGCUCCUUACCUCAAGACACGAAGGUGUUCUGUGGACAUGAGUACACAAUUAAGAACCUGAAGUUUGCCAUGCUGGUGGAGCCAGACAAUGAAAAGGUUAAAGAGAUGCUGAGCUGGGCCAGGGCCAGAGAUGAUGAUGACAAACCCACAGUGCCAUCUACCCUAAUGGAGGAGUUUGAAUACAACCCUUUUCUUCGCCUUUCGGAGGAAGGAGUACAAAAGUUCACAGGGAAGACAGAUCCCAUAGAGGUGCUGAGGGUCCUGCGGAAGGAGAAGGACAAAUUUAAGAAGCCCAAGGAGAGACUUCCUCCCCACGCCAUGUUGGCUUUUGAGUGGGGACUUCUCAGACCCUGAGAUCCGGUGACAUACUCAACCAUCAAGGAGGAAUAGUUUGAAUGCAGCAAGACACAAGACUGUGGAGUGUGAUGGUUGUUGCUUUAACCCUACAUUUAACCAAUUCAUACUGCUGGGGGCCUGGUUGACCCCAAUGGACAUGUGUGUUGUUUUAGUAUUUAUAAAACAAUGUCUGCACAAAAAGGCCAGUGUAAAGCUGCUUUCAUUAAAUAUUAAAUAUUCCUAUAAACUAAAUUAAUUAAAGGUGGGGUAUGCAAUUCUAAUCCAAUACACGUCUUUUUGUCAGAUAUUCAGUAAAUAUCUCCUCACAGUCCGCUAGCUGUCCGU